AACCGCACCAGAUCACGUGUGGUAACGCUGUGCUCAACUUCUACCGCAAUCGCUAGCCAGAUUAGAUCAGAGAUUUCCGAUACAUUGAUUAUCGCCAAAUACACUCUUCUGAUCUCCUCGACUCUGUCUUUUGAUUUCUCUUGGUGGGAACAAAGUAUAUUAGGUGUUACUGGUAGAAGCGUUGUCAAACACUGAAUACCUGUAUCAUCCUCAAUACUUUGUUUCGAAGUUCGUAUUCAUGUGAAUCUCAGGAAAGAAUUAUCUAACAUGUUGAAUAAAUAAGGUUGAAGAUAUCACAGGUAUUUGAAGUUUGACUACGCUUCAAUCAGUAACACCUUCUAAUAUGAAUUGUACCUACCAAGUGAAAUCAAAAGUCAGAAACCAGGGGGUUCGAAGAUAUAUUUGAUAGGCUAUCAAUAUAUCGAGAAUUGUCUGACGUAAUCUGGCUAGCGAUUGCAGUAAAUGUUGUGCACGGCGUUUCCACUCAUGAGCUGAUGCGUAUGCGUGACUGAGCGCCUUUAGACAGGUCAGCCUAUUAAAACUAGUGUGGUUAGCAUCCAAUGUCGAAAACUUACAGAGCUAUUUAUUUUGGAGAAUUAUUUACCACUACAGAGUCUGCCUCAGAAAUAAUUCAAUAUGGUGGUCGCUUUCGGUUAUAUUUGUUGUGAAUCUACUUUCUACCAAAACACAUAAUAUUACACAGUCUUGUUAAUCUACGUCACUAUUAUUUAAGGGAUCAAAAACGACCCUGAGUCUGUAUAAACUUUGUAAGCUGUUUCUGUGCAAUCUUUCGAAUAUGGCCUCUUUAAGCUGUGGUUAUAAGUGUCUGCAGAUUUUGCUGGUGAUAUUUAAUAUCUUCGUUUGUGUAUGUGGAAUUGUUGCAGUUGUGAUUGGAAGUUUCUCUCAACUUGCUAUUAAUGAAUAUUCCAAUGAAAUCGAAUCAAAUAUCAAAUAUCUCGUAAUCUUUGUAAUAGCUUUUGGAUGCUUCCUAUUUGUGCUUGGAUUUCUUGGGUUUUUUGGGUUGGCUACCAAAAAUACUUUCUGUCUAAUCUUGUACACCUCUCUACUGUCGGUCAUUGCCACAGCCGAAAUAAUGGGGGGAUUAGCAAUAGUUGUGUUAAGAAAUGACGUGGAAACUCAAUUCCAAUCUAUGAUUAAAAGCUCCGUUUCUGAAUAUAGUAAGAAUCCUGACAUUAAGGAAUUCUUAGACGGAGUACAACAAGAGUUUCACUGUUGCGGCUCUGAAUCGUCAAAGGACUACACAUUGACUAACCAAACCAUUCCUGAUUCAUGUAAAAAUCCAGAAACUAAGGUUACAUAUUCAGAUGGUUGUUCAUACAAAGUAAUCUCCUUCUUUGAAAAGUAUAUUGUCGCCGUCUUAGUAGCGGCAUUUGUAUUCGCUAUCCUUCAAUUAUUGUGUAUUGUUUUCGCUAUCUGUGUUAUUCAAGCUAUCAAAUCUGGCAAUUCCCGACAAGGCUACAGGAUUUAAAGUUGUGAACACUAUAUUUGAUUUUUCGAUAGCUUUCCAAUUGGCAUAAUUAAACUUCUUUCCUCGUGUUUUUAUUUCACUGUCAUUUAUUAAACAAAGAAUGGAGUCUACUAUUUUAUUCAAUGAACAUUCUAAACAUUUAUGAAUAACCCAAGGUUAUUGUAAUUAAAAUUAUAAUAUUGACGAAAAAUAUAACAUCUAAACAAUGUUUUC